CAGAAUCCCGUCGUUUUUUUUUCCUAUCACCAGCCUUACCGACCCUUCUAGGGUAUAGUUUUUCGUUGUUGUUGUGUGCCUUCUCAACAGGAGCCCGUGCCGCCGAGAGCUGACACUAAUUCGGAUUCGACGGAACAGAAUACCUACCUAGGUUCCCAUGCCUACGCAAUCCCCCGAGGUGAUGUGAUAUGGCAGAGACAAGAAAAGAGAAAAAAGCCUCCGUGAUAUAGCCCGGCCGCGCCCCUCGUUCUUCCUCCCCACCAUCUAUGGCCUCCUGGCGCCCACUGCCCACUGCCAUUGCCGGUAAGCGAUGCUCCAGUCUCCUCCUACCGUCGAUACACCCGCCACGGCCGAAUCCGUGGGUGAGCAGCCGCACAGGCAGGGUACCAACGCCGCGGCAAUGUCGCUUCUUGUCCGAGGAGGCCGUCAGCGACCGCCAUAACAGCGUGCAGGUCUAUGUGUCACGCACUACGAACCCGUACAUGAACCUAGCCAUCGAGAACUUUCUGCUGGAGAGCAGCUUCACCACCUCGUUUAUUCUGUUCCUCUACACGAACCGCCCCUGCGUCGUCAUCGGCCGCAACCAGAACCCCUGGGCCGAGGUCGACUUCUCGGUGAUGCGCGACCCGAACGCGUUGGCGGACGCGAGGCGUGCUUGCGGCGCGGACGCGGACAGCGAUAUGACACCCGGGGACGAGGAGGAGACGCACAUACAUGGCUCCGGCACCGACAUCCUGCUCGUGCGCCGCCGGAGCGGCGGCGGUACCGUAUUCCACGACUUGGGCAACGUCAACUACUCCGUCAUCUGCCCUACCACUGGGUUCAAUCGCAACACGCACGCGGCGAUGGUGGUGCACGCGCUGCGCCAUGGCCUCGGCAUAAGCGCCCGGGUUAACGAGCGGCACGACAUCGUGGUGGACGACGUUAUCCCUCCGGGGCCGGGUGACAGCGAUGGCAGUCCCAAGACUGAGACCUUCAAGGUCUCAGGAUCGGCGUUCAAGAUCAUAAAAAAUCGCGCGCUGCACCACGGGACAUGUCUCCUGCGCUCGCCACACCUACCGCUGUUGGGGCGGCUUCUGCGGUCGCCGGCGGCGCCGUACAUCUGGGGUAACGGUGUCUCGAGCGUCCCAAGCCCCGUGCGCAACUUGUUUCCCGGGCUGGAGAGGACACUACCCAAUGGUGUCGACAUCUAUACCGCCUUCGAGCAGGCCGUCAUCGCUCAGUUCACCGCCCUCUAUGGCCAGCCCAAUAUCCACGAGGUUAUCGGCGACGGCGGUACUGAGGAAAAGAAGACGCCCAUCUCCUCGCUCAUCCGCGAAAUCGACGACAUUAGGGUGAACUACGCGCUGCUCAAGUCGUCGGCCUGGAUCUUCGAGAAUACGCCGUUCUUCGCCUUCAAAUCGUACCGGGUACAGGAAUCACCCAAGAACAGCAACGACGUCGAUAUGCACGGAGCCCUCUCGCAGGGGCCUCCGUCGGACCUACGCGCCUCCAUAACCCUGCGGCAGGGGCGGAUCCUCAGCGCCGUGUUUAGCGUCUGGGGCAAGCCCAUCAAUUCGCAGCAGGUCCGGCACCUGAUCCGGAACGGGCUCUUCCGCAUCGAGGACUGGAGACACGUCGUCGGUGACGACGCGGCCGGCGAGUGGCUCAACAGGCGCCUCGUCACCGGCUCCUUCACCGACAGCCGCGUCACCCGCAGCAGCAAUCGCCCCGGCAAGCGGGUGGUCAAGUAUAUCAAGGAGGGAGGAGGAAAAAGGACCGGCAAGACAGGGAAGAAAAGGGAUCGGAUAGAAAGAGGUCGGGCGUAGGUUAAAAAAAAUACUAGGAAAGAUCGGUGAAAAUCGGACAUGCUGACGUACGUCGGGGACUACCCGUAUAUCUAUAGCAUCACCGUGCUGCAUACAGGUACCAAGGAUCUAGGGGAAGCGGAAGAGGUAGAGAGAGAAAUAGACGAGAGAGGAAAAAGGGAGGGCGAAGAGGAAAGACGCCCUGGGUAAAACGUAGGAAUAGAGGACGCCUACGCGCGGGUCGGAUCGGAUCGGAUCGGGCAUGUAGAAACACAAUCGAUACCCCUUGUUCCUCUCCCUU